AUGGAUUUAGCAGAGGAUGCGAUCAAAUUUGCAAUUUUUUUGGUCGAUGCGGAUCGACUUUUUGAUGUCGCUUUGGGAAUGUAUGAUUUCAGUCUUGUUCUUAUGGUUGCUCAACAGUCACAAAAGGAUCCUAGAGAAUAUUUACCUUUCUUAACGGAGCUUGAGAGCUAUCCAAAAUACUAUCAACAAUUUAAAAUUGAUAACCACCUUUGUCGUUAUGUAAAAGCAUUACGAAAUCUAAGUCUUGCAGGAGAUGAAUAUUUUGAUGAUUGCUUAAAAUAUAUUCGUGAACAUGAACUAUAUUAUUCUGCAAUAUCAAUAUUUGCAAAUAAUAAUGAAAAAUAUAAAAGUGUCAUGGCCAUUUAUGGGGAUUAUUUGUUUACGGAAUCAAACUUCAAAGAGGCUGGCUUAGCGUAUAUACUUGCUGGUGACAAACCGAAAGCACUUGAUUCAUAUAAAAAUUGUGGGUCAUGGCGCGAAGCUUUUGCUAUUGCUCAAGAAUUGAAUAGUUCUUCAGAUUCUUUAUUUAGUUUGGCCAAAAGUCUUGCAGAAACACUUUCGGAUAAACAUCAAUACAAAGAUGCUGCACAAAUAAUGUUGGAUUAUACUAAGCAACCAGAAGAAUCGAUUAUUUUGUUGAACAAGGGUCAUCACUGGGCAGAGUCAAUACGUAUAUCCUAUAUGUAUAAUAGAACAGAUUUGAUUGAAACUAACGUUAAGCCAAGUGUAAUUGAAGGUCAUACUCAGCUGCUUCAAGAUGUGAAUUCAAUGUUAGAUCAAUUAAAUCAGCAAACAAAAAGGUUAAAAGAAAUUAGAGCUAAUAAAGCUAACCAACUGAUUUCAGACCUAGAUCAAACCGAAGAAUCAAUUGAAAAUGUUGAUGUAUUUUCAGACACAAGCUCUAUGGCUAGUGGAUUUACACGUUAUUCACAAUCAAAUACUCAACUAAGUAUACAUUCAUCAAGAAGUGGCAAAAGUGCGAAAAGUCGUAGACGGCAAGAAAGAAAGAAAGCCCGUGGCAAAAAAGGAAGUAUAUACGAAGAAGAAUACCUUAUUGACUCUUUGAAAAGAUUGAUUGGAAGGUUUAAUACAACUCAAGCGGAGAUAUCAAACCUAUUAAAUUGCCUUGUGACAUUGGGAUAUAUUAAACGAGCACAACAAAUUCAAAUUCUGUUUGGUGAUUUAGAAGAAAGAAUUAAAAAUGACCUUGAUGAAAUAUUUGAUACACCGACAAAUAAUUUACCCGUUAUUGAGACUGGAUUGGAGCCCGAAGAAAUUAAAAAAAUUGAAAAACCAAAACUUGCCCAACUGAAUUGGAAGUUACAGAUUAUAUAA